CCGCCGCCGCCGUGUGUGCACGCAGCCGUAGUGUAUGAGGAAAAUGUAUCGUCUCGGCCUCCAGUCUUUCUCCCAGAUCGCUCUCCGCUCCUGUUCGUCCUCUGCGCCGCGGGAAGGUUUUCAUUUUACGAGACAAUACAGUAAAAGCUGGUCGUGUAUUGGCUGAUUUUGGAUCAAGAGGUUUCUGUUGUUUUUCCACCUUGAUCCGCCCGGAAGAUGCCGAGGACCAAGAAAAAGCACAGCCGAGGGGGGCACAAUGGAAAUGUGCAGCCCUUCAGUGAUGAGGACGCCUCCAUUGAGACCCUCAGUCAUUGCAGCAGCUUCAGUGACGCCACCAGUGUAGCGGACGAAGGUGGAGAGGCUAGUGAAGAUACAGCCCAGGAGGAUUUUCAGUACAAGCUGAAGGGCUUCAUAGACAGCACGGUGGAUAAGAGUGCUAAGACCAGACAGGGGGCACUGGAUGGGCUUAAGACAGCAAUGGCCACACGGAUCCUGUAUGAGUUCAUCUCUGACAGAAGAAUGACCAUCACAGACAGCAUCGAACGCUGCCUUAAGAAAGGUAAAGGCGAGGAGCAGCGAGCGGCAGCGUCUUUGGCCUGCCUGCUGUGUAUCCAGCUGGGCUCGGGCAUCGAGAGUGAGGAGGUGCUGAAAACCCUGAAACCAGUCUUCAAAAACAUCCUGGCAGACGGAUCAGCCAACAUACAAGCCCGACAGGCUGUGGCAACAAGUCUGGGCCUGUGUACUUUAGUUGCAGAAGAUGACAUUUUGGACGUGCAUGCCACCAUGGAGUGCUUUGAGAACCUGUUCUCCCGGUCCUGUGCGAGGACGGACGGUACCUGUCCUUCAGUCAGUCCGCAGAUGAGCCAGCUGUACACCAACGCCCUGCUGUCCUGGGCGCUGCUGCUCACCAUCUGCACCGCCAGCCAGCUCAAAGACAUCCUGCGCAAGUACCUGCCCAAACUACCAAAGUUGCUGGAGAGUGAAGAUGUCAACAUGAGGAUUGCUGCAGGGGAGACCAUUGCCCUGCUGUUUGAGCUGGCCAGAGACAUGGACUCUGAUUUUGAGUUCGAUGGCUGGGAGGAACUGUGUGAUAAACUGAACUCGUUGGCCACAGACUGUAACAAGCACAGAGCAAAGACGGACAAGAGAAAGCAGCGCUCUGUGUUCAGGGACGUGCUCAAGGCUGUAGAGGAGGGUGAAUUCCAAUCUGAGACCAUUCGCUUCGGGACAGAGCGCAUGACCAUUGAUAGCUGGGUCAGAAAGAGGACGUAUGACGCUUUCAGAGAGUUUGUGGGCUCUGGGAUGAAUUACCACCUACAGGGAAAUGAAUUCAUCAGAGACGUGUUUGAACUUGGACCCCCAAUACUGGUUGAUGCUGCCACAAUGAAAGCCAUGAAAAUAUCUCGCUUUGAAAGGCAUCUGCACAACUCUGCUGCAUUCAAGGCUCGGACCAAGGCCAGAAACAAGUUCAGGGACAAGAGAGUGGAUGUAGGAGAAUUUUAAGUUUAAUAUUUUUUUGACUCUAGUAACCUAUUUAUCAUGCUUCCCUGCUUUUUUAGAUAAAUUGUUCACAUGUGUUCUCCCCUGAAAUCAUUCGAGUCUCUAACACUCAUAUCAGACACUCUGCUCUGUAAAGGACGAAGCACUUGUUUUUAUACAGUAGCUACAUUUCACAUCUACAGGAGGCGAGUGUCAGGGUUUUGGGUGGAGUCCAACCUUAAUAUAUUCGCACAUUAACUGUGGUGUUGUACAUAUAGUGUGUAUUUGUUUUCUCCUCAUGUUAAUAUUAAUUUUGUGGCCUUUUUCUUUGGAGCGUUGUAAUAAGUUAUAAUUUUUGUGAGCAAUUGUCUGGCACUAUGUAUUUCUCUUUAGUUAAUAGUAAAAAACAUGUAACUGUCCUGUUGUAUUAUGUUUCACUACCUUGGUAAACAUUAAGUUGUAUUUUAGUAUCAGGUGUGUAAUUUAAAGACAAGGGUGGAGAAAUAAACACUAAAAAGCUGUAA